UUGGAAGGUGUGCUAUAUCAUCUUCCCUCGUCCUAUUAAUUUUAAAUUUAAAUAAGUGGAUAUGAAGUUCGGUGCGCCAAAGGACUUCUUAUUUUAUGUUUUCCCCCAGCUGCGAGUGGCCAAAUUUUCCUUUGAUUUUCUCAAGUGCUCGUACUUUCUGUACAGAAAUCGAAAGAGGAUGAAAUUCCCGGUCAAGCUUAUGAUAGGGUCGGUUGCAACCCUUAUCUUUAUUUUGAUUGUGGGGUUUUUGGUUUUUCCGAAAUUUAUCAAGGGGAAAAUAAAAUCGAUGACACCGGUAGUGCCUGGUAGCGAUAUGCGGAAAAUGUUCACCAAAGUGCCUUUCGGAUUAGAUUUCAAAAUAUAUUUGUUCAAUGUUACCAAUCCUAUGGAUGUCCAAAAAGGGUCUAAACCCAAGUUAGUCGAGGUUGGACCAUUUUGCUAUUCGGAAUGGAAAGAAAAAAUCGAUAUUUCUGAUAGUCCAAAAGAAGACACGAUGACAUACAAACCCGUCGACACAUUUUUCAAAGAAAACUGGCCUGGUUGUUUGACUGGAGAAGAAGAAUUGACAAUUUUGCAUCCUCUCAUGGUGGGCAUGGUGAACACCGUUUCUCGCACUAAACCAGCGAUGUUAUCACUAGUCAGUAAGGCGGUUACUGCCAUUUAUCGGAAACCAACUUCUGUAUACUUGACAGCCAAGGCGAAUGACAUUUUAUUCGAUGGAGUCAUAAUCGAUUGUGAUGUGAGCGAAUUUGCUGCCAAAGCAGUUUGCAGCCAGCUUCAUCAGGCUCCAGAUCUCCGCCAUGUUUCUGAAACAGAGCUAGCUUUCUCACUGCUAGGACCAAAAAAUGCUACUCCUGGAAAACCCUUCAAAAUCUACAGGGGGCAAAAGAAAAGCCGCAAUUUAGGCUUGAUCAUAGAGUACGAUGGUAAAAAACAAAUGGAUGUUUGGUCUACGAAAGAAUGCAACAAGUUUGGUGGGACAGAUGGAACGAUAUUUCCUCCUUUCCUCAAAAAAGAAGAAGGUUUGGAAUCUUUUUCAUCGGAUCUGUGUAGAUCUCUCGUUGCCAAAUAUGAGGACGCCAUGAAAUACGACGGCAUCCCAGUUUGGCGUUACACAGCCUCCCUCGGGGACAUGUCCAAGAAUGCCGACGAAAAAUGUUUCUGUCCUACCAAUCAAACAUGCCUCAAAAAGGGAAUGAUGGAUCUCUUCAAAUGCAUAGGCGUUCCAAUAUACGUUUCAUUGCCCCAUUUCUACGACUGUGACGAAAGUUACCUCGGUGAGGUGGACGGUUUGCAUCCAUCCAUGGAGCACCAUAGCAUACAGAUUUAUUUCGAACACAUGACUGGUGGUCCGGUUUGGGCGAGGAAAAGGUUGCAGUUCAAUAUGCCUCUGGAACCGAACUCAAAAAUAGGCAUUUUCAAGGAGCUUCCUACUGUGGUGCAUCCAAUAUUUUGGGUGGAAGAGGGGGUUUCGUUGAACGACACUUUCACGAAGCCUAUAAAAAGCCUUUUCACCAUUUUGAAGGUUGUUAAGAUAACCAAAUGGAUUAUCUUCAGUGCCUCACUGAUUGGAAUAGCAGUGGCUGCUUACAUGAUGUACGAGAAUGCCUCAAGUUUGAAAAUGAAUUCAGUGCACAAGGUUCAACCCACUGAUGGAAAAACUCCAACGAAUCAAUUUGGAGAAAACGGAAAAUCUGAACCUGAUUCGGAGAGCUCCAAAUGAUGAAAACACAAAUCAGUUUAUGAAAAAACUG